CUUCCUCGUCCUUGGUGGAAUCGGCAUCCUCGCUGUUCGGGAUACACACAUGGCUAAACUGAGCAAAGAGACCAAACAGCGGCUGCAGCAGCUGUUCCAGUGCGGCCAGUUUGUCAUCCGAUGGGGUUUUAUCCCGACCGUGCUGUACCUCGGUUUCAAACGAGGAGCAGAUCCAGGGAUGCCUGAGCCCACAGUCUUGAGUUUGCUAUGGGGCUAAAGAACAUCUCCACACCGCCGGUCCCCUCCCUUUGUCAACGCCAUGUGACCCACCUUUCACUGAAGAUCCAGGAAAUGGACAUUUUCACUUCCCUGUCUAUAAAUACUCAUGCUGUUUCAUGUCUGAGAAGUAAUGAAUGAAUGCUAUGUGUGGCCAUAAUGUUUAUGGCCACAUGUACAGUAGAUGCAUGGAGAUCUUCGGCUACAUGGAUAGAAGAUAUUUGGAUUAACAAGCUGGAUUCAAGAUGUCGCCCUGACAAAAUAUGUAGUGUUUGACUGGACUUUCUGUCAGGAUUUUGUUGGUAGUGUGUCUCAUUCCAGGUUUUUCCUCUUUUUAUUUGUAAUUUAAGAUUUCUGAGAAUAAAUCCACAAAGAAAUGUCA